AUGCAAGAAAUCAUUUAUUGGGAUGAGAGGAGUUUUUUCAUGGAGCAUCGCUUUAUCACGCCGAGCGAUGGUUUUAUAAGGGCAAUCGCGAUUUGCAGGCAAAGACUUCUUAAUUGUAGCGCCGAUACUGUUAUUGGCGCCCUAUUGAAUCGUAGGGUGAAACAGAAUGGAAAUAUCGAAGCAGGUGUAAUGCAGGUAUCUCCUGUGCGACCAGAGAUGCCACCCGAAGUGAGCAGAUGGAUGGAAAGUAACGAAAUAUCAUCAGCGAUGUUGAGACAGGAACCGAUAACGAUAACGACGCGUUGCUGAUAUACGGACGCCGCAACGUCCUGCGGCGGUUUAGCACCGAUAUAUACAACUACGACUGUGUAACAAGCGGAAUAUGCGGAAUGCAAUCUUUAUCCUUAAUUGUCCGGAUGAUGGAUGUUGUUCUGGGGGAAAUUCCGUAACAAGAUCGGUUAAAGAUUCUCGCUACUUGUGUGUUUAAUUGUCUUUGAGAAGCGGAAACUAAGCGCGGCCUUAUGACAAAAUAAAUGAUUAAUAAUGACCUAU